AUGACUGGCGAAAUGAUGGUCUUGCCUGACAUUCAGCCAAAUCUAUUACAAAUCUCGAAAAACACGAAACCAAGCCCGCCGCCGCCUUCAAAGUCAUUAGUCUUCGGUCACACCUUUACUGAUCAUAUGUUGACUGUGCCAUGGAGCGCGAUUUCCGGUUGGAGCAUGCCUCAGAUCGAACCAUAUGGUCCGCUUCGUCUUGAACCCAGCUCAACUGUCUUGCAUUACGCCCAGACCAUAUUUGAAGGCAUGAAAGCGUACCGUGAUGAUACCGGCAAAGUUACGCUCUUCCGCCCGGACAUGAACAUGAAACGGAUGAACAGCAGUGCUACCCGAGUUGCAUUACCUAAUUUCAAUGGUGAUGCACUCUUGGAGCUUAUCAAAGAGCUCAUUCGGAUCGACAAGCAUUGGAUUCCCAAAGAACCAGGCCACAGUCUGUAUGUCCGGCCGACACUUAUCGGAACCCAAAAAGCCGUCGGCAUUGGUCCGCCCAAUGAGGCGCUUCUUUUCGUGAUAUGUAGUCCUGUGGGUCCCUAUUAUCCUAACGGAUUCAAACCGAUUGCGCUGUAUGGGACUACAGAGUACGUCCGUGCUGCUCCCGGAGGAACUGGUGCGUAUAAACUAGGUGCCAACUACGCUCCCGGUGUCCUACCUCAAAAAUUCGCUGCUCAGAAGGGAUAUCAACAAAACCUUUGGUUACACGGUCCAGAGCACUAUCUUACUGAGGUUGGAACGAUGAACAUGUUCGUUGUUUUCAGGAAAGGGGAUGGGUCCCUAGAGUUGGUGACACCCCCACUGGAUGGCAUGAUUCUUCCAGGAAUAACGAGAGACUCGGUCCUUGUCCUUGCCCAAGAACACGUAUCAGGCAAAAAGAAACUUGCACACUUGACUGAUAAAUUGAUUAUCUCCGAGCGGCCAGUAACGAUGAACGAAGUGAAAUCUGCGUCUCUCUCAGGUUCACUCGUCGAACUUUUCGGGUCAGGUACAGCCGCUGUCAUCAGCCCUGUAGACCGGAUUGGAUACCUGGGUGAGGAUAUAUUGAUACCUACUGAAGAGGAUGGGAUGGGCCCCAUUUCGAGACCUAUCUGGAAAGAAUUAGUAGGCAGGCAGAUGGGUACGAUUGAGAGUGACUGGAGUGUGCCUGUGACUCAAUAG